AUGAGGGUUUCCGAACUCAUUGAGACCAUAAACUCGGCUACCAUCACCGGUCAACUUGAUCAGGUAGACGAACAGCAACGGGCGCAGCUCUCUCAAGCAUGUGGGAAAUUGAAAGCUUUGUGUGAAUCUCCCUUGGAGAAAACUAUGAGUAUACUGUUUUCCGGACACCAAGUUAUGGCAGUUCGCUUGGGAGUCGACUUGAAACUGUUUGAUGCUAUUAUUUCCCGGUCCUCCCAAACUGAAAAGAAAGAGGUAGCUGUGUCGCAGAUAGCAGAAGACACCAAAGCAGAUCCUGCGCUAGUCGGACGAAUCAUGAAAUUCUUGGCCUCAAUAGGUAUCCUCAAACAAUCAUCACCAGAAACCUUCCUGUCUACUCCAUUGGCUGCAGCAUACGCCUCGACCUCGCCUUUGGCUGCUGCUGUGAUCCACUUUACCCAUUUCCAUACUUUCUUAACAAAACUGCCGGAGUACUUUGCGCAAAAUGGGUGGAAAAACCCCGGGGAUACCAACGACACGCCAUUCCAAUUUGCCAUGGGUAACAAGUUGCGGUAUUUUGACUACUUGUCUUCCAAACCAUACUACCAGGAUGCCUUCAAUACUGUGAUGACAUCGUCCUAUCGACGGACCGGGAAAAAGUGGUUUGAAUUCUUCCCAGUCGAGAAAAAGCUACAGGUUCAAGACGAAUCGGAUGUUCUUCUAGUCGAUGUUGGUGGUGGCCAUGGCAGCGAUCUUCUCUUGUUUCAAGAGCAAUUCCUAGACUUGCCGGGAACACUUAUCCUACAGGACUUGCCGCAUGUCAUAGAGACCGCAACUAUACCCUCUAGUAUUAUUGGCCAAGGGCAUGAUUUUUUCGACGAGCAGCCUGUGAAAGGUGCUAAGGCAUACUAUCUCAGGACAGUGCUGCAUGAUUGGCCGGAUGCACAAGUGGUACAGAUCUUAACAAGACUGCGUGAUGCUAUGGAUCUAUCUUCCCUGCUAUUGAUCGAAGAGAAGGCUAUGCCGGAGAAGAACCUUCCCCUCAUGGCAGCGGUGGGAGAUAUGAGCAUGAUGGUCUCGUUUGCAUCCGCGGAGAGAACAGAGAGAGAAUACGGAAAGCUUUUAGAGGAAGCAGGAUUGGAGUUAGUGAAAUGCUGGGCCCCUCAAGAGACAUUUGGAACCCAGCCGUCUUUGUUGGAGGCAAAAAUCAAGGCAGGAUGGAAACCACCUACAGGAUGA